AAACAUCUCUGGGUGAUUCUUAUGUGCUGCGGAACCGGGCGCCCGGAUUCCCGUGCAAGAAUUUCCAGUUACUUAAUCUGGCCGCCUGAGGGAAAAAAAAAAAAAAAAAAGACGAGCGCGCUCACGUGGGGCGCGGGGCCCCUGGCGCCCCACCCCUGCUCGGGCGCGGCCCUCCGCCCACUGCCGGGAUAAACUGAGGUAGAGAGUUGGUGGCGCGGUGCCCCUGGCAGACCAGGCUCGGCGGCAGCGAGGGCAGUGCAUCUCUGGUGCAACCUGACCAUGGCGCCCAUCCUGGGCUUGGCCCAGGAACUGUUGGUCUUCUUAGGAAAAUCAAUUCUUGUUGUUGUGGAGUCUCUGGUUUUCACCUUCAUCCCAGUGCCUCGGAAGAAGGUUGCCGGUGAAAUCGUGCUCAUAACGGGUGCAGGGAGUGGACUUGGAAGGCUCUUAGCCCUCAAAUUUGCCCGCCUCGGCUCCGUGCUUGUCCUCUGGGACAUCAACCAGGAGAGGAAUGAGGAGACCCGCAAGAUGGUUCAGGAAGCCGGGGUCGCAGGCGCUUACGCCUACACCUGUGACUGCAGCCAGAGGGAGGAUGUGUACAGAGUGGCCAGUCAGGUUAAGAAAGAAGUUGGCGAUGUUUCCAUCCUGAUCAACAAUGCUGGAAUUGUAACAGGCAGAAAGUUCCUCGACUGCCCAGACGAACUUAUGGAAAAGUCUUUAGAUGUGAAUUUCAAAGCACAUUUAUGGACUUACAAAGCCUUUCUCCCUGCAAUGAUUGCGAAUGACCAUGGACACUUGGUUUGCAUUUCAAGCUCGGCUGGAUUAAUUGGAGUAUAUGGCCUGGCAGAUUAUUGUGCGAGUAAAUUUGCAGCCUUUGGAUUUGCUGAAACUGUAUUUUUUGAAACAUUUGCCAGCAAACAAAAAGGGAUCAAAACCACUAUUGUGUGCCCAUUUUUUAUAAAAACUCAAAUGUUUGAAGGUUGUACUUCCAGGCUUUCUUAUGUGUUACCAAUUCUGGAACCAGAAUAUGCUGUCGAGAAGAUAGUAGAUGCCAUCCUGAAAGAACAACUGUACCUGUACAUGCCAAGGUUUAUAUACAUCAUGGUGUUUUUGAAAAGUUUCUUGCCCCCCAAGCUGGGAAUGCUUUUGGCUGAGUACGUGGGUGCCUUUAAUUUCAUGGAUGGCUUCACGAACUCAAAGAAGAAGGACUGAAGACCAGCUCUGUGGCUGAUGUCACCUGAUACCCAGUGUCACAAAGUAUCUAUUUCAAUGAAGAAAAGUCUUUGUCCUACAGACCUAUCUGGAAACCACAAGUACCAUUCUGAGGUUGCUGCCUGGACUAAUAUGUUCAACCAAUGCCUUUAAAAAUCAUGUUGCUCUCUGCUUUUCUGUUGAGUUUUUUAAAUAAUAAUAAUAAUAAAACAGCCUAUUUUUUUCCUUUCUGCUGACAGCAGAUGUGAAAGGGA